GCAGGGCGGCGGCGGCGGUGCGCACUCGCGUAGACGGUCCGGGGCCAUGGUGGUGGUGGCAGCCGCGCCGAGUCCGGCCGCCGGGGCCCCCAAAGUACUGCUUCUGCCGGGUCAGCCCGCCGCCGCCGCCGCCGCCGGAGCCCCGACCGGCAGGGCCCUGCCGCUCAUGGUACCGGGCCAGCGAGGGGCCAGCCCGGAGGCGGCGGGCGAGGGGCCCCCCCAGGCGCGCAAGCGACAGCGCCUCACGCACCUGAGCCCCGAGGAGAAGGCGCUGAGGAGGAAACUGAAAAACAGAGUGGCAGCUCAGACCGCCAGAGACCGAAAGAAGGCUCGGAUGAGCGAGCUGGAGCAGCAAGUCGUGGAUUUGGAAGAAGAGAACCAAAAACUUCUACUAGAAAACCAGCUUUUACGAGAGAAAACUCAUGGCCUUGUCAUUGAGAACCAGGAGUUAAGACAACGCUUGGGGAUGGAUGCUGUGGUUACUGAAGAGGAGGCAGAGGCGGAGGCCAAGGGGAAUGGAGUGAGGCCGGUGACCGGGUCUGCUGAGUCCGCAGCACUCAGACUACGUGCAUCUGCAGCAGGUGCAGGCCCAGCUGUUACCCCUCCACCACAUCUCCCCGUGGAUUCUGACGGCCCUGACUCUUCAGACUCUGAGUCUGAUAUCCUGUUGGGCAUUCUGGACAACUUGGACCCAGUCAUGUUCUUCAAAUGUCCUUCCCCAGAAGCUGCCAGCCUGCAGGAGCUCCCAGAGGUCUACCCAGAAGAACCCAGUUCCUUACCAGCCUCCCUUUCUCUGGCAGUGGGGACGUCAUCAGCUAAGCUGGAAGCCAUUAAUGAACUAAUUCGUUUUGACCACGUCUAUACCAAGCCUCUAGUCUUAGAGAUACCCUCUGAGACAGAGAGCCAACCAAAUGUGGUAGUGAAAAUCGAGGAAGCACCUCUCAGCCCCUCACAAAAUGAUCACCCCGAAUUCAUUGUCUCAGUGAAGGAAGAACCCGGAGAAGAUGACUUCAUUCCAGACCUGGGUAUCUCAAACCUGCUUUCCUCCAGCCACUGCCUGAAGCCAUCUUCCUGCCUGCUGGACGCGUAUGGGGACUGUGGAUACGAGGGCGCCCCUUCCCCAUUCAGCACCGUGUCCUCUCCCCUUGGUGUAAACCAUUCUUGGGAGGACACUUUCGCCAAUGAACUCUUUCCCCAGCUGAUUAGUGUCUAAGAAGUGAUCUGAUACUGCUGCCCUUCCCCUUAACUACUCCACUGCCUGGAGGAUAGCAGAGCCCGUCCGCACCUCAUUCAGAAAGCUGAAGUAGAGGGCGUGGAGAAUUCCUCUAAAGUGUUUGUUCAAAUCUCAUAGAUGAGCCCAAGUACUGUCUUUUGACAUUAAGCAGUCCAAGGUAUUCAGAUACAUAAUUCUGAAUUACAGCUUUGGAGGUUUUAAGGGUGGUAGCUUGCCCUACAAUACUUAUUUAAGAGUCAUUAAUGGACAAGUGUCUUAAAGCAGACAUGGAACUUAGGAAUGGCCCUGUGUCGUUUCUCUCUCCCCUUCUCAGCAUCCCAGGCUUGCCUCUGAUUUUAGGUCCUUUAGUUUGCUUCUGCAAGCAGAGAAUACCUACCUGAGGGGGCUUCAAGUAAAGAUCAAGAAUCUUUUGUAAAAUUACAGAAAUUUACUAUGUAAAUGCUUGAUUGAAUCUUUUCCUACUAGUUUAGCUUCUGGAAGGUGCUUUCUCCAUUUAUUUAAAACUACCCAUGCAAUUAAAAAGUGCAAUGCAGCAUC